AUGUCGAACAAAACUACUUCCACUACCACACCAUCAUCAGGUUCAGGUAAAGUAUAUUCAGCACAAGCUGAUAAUGUUCAUGUUAAAUCAGUUGUUCAAACUGAAACACAAUCAAUGGUUAGUCCAACACAUCUUCAAGAUGACGAAUAUUCACAUAAACUUACUGAAGAAAUUUAUGAAGCUGUUCUUGGACCAAUUAAAAUAGUUGUUGGUGAAACACAAUUACAACAACAACAACUUCUUGCUGAUACUAAUUUACAAAUUCAAAAUGAUUUUAAACGUAAAUUACCACAACAUAUUGCGAAACUUGAUUCUGAAAAAAAACUUAAUAUUCAACAGGAACGUAUUCUUAAAUCAGCCCAUAAAUGUGUUAAUGAUGAUCUUUAUGAAGAUAAUUGUUUGAAAUUGCGUCGAUACGUGGUUGUUGUUCUUGUUCCAGCUGUCCCAACUGCUGAACUUGCUCCAGCUGUCCCAACUGCUGAACUUGCUCCAGCUGUUCCAACUGCUGAACCUUUUCCAGUUGUACCACGUUGUGAUCGACAUUAUUUUACUUGUGGCAUAAUAAGUGGUUUAUUAAUUGGUAUAAUUAUAAUGAAAGUGGUGAAAUGA